AUGUCAUAUUUAAACAAUCCUACGAAAUAUCAUUUAGAACAAAUAAAACGUCAAAAUAAGAAUAUGACAAUUCCGGCGAAUGAUGCUGCUUUAGAAACUCUUCAUAAUUCAUUCAACGGAAGUAAAGUUAGACCAAAUAACUUAAGAAUAGAUACAACUCUAUCUUAUGUAUCUGGUCAUAUAAAGCAAAAAUCAAAAUCCUUCAAAGUGGAUCUUAAUCAACAAUUAUACGGAUUUGCAAGUGAUGAAUAUUAUAUCCAAUAUUUACAAAUAUGUUCUAUGCAAUAUUAUUCUCAUAUAGAUCCAACGACAAGAUUAGAUGAUAAUCCUGAUGAGGCUCAAAGAUGGAAAUUUUUAAAUGAAAAGAGACGUCGUCGUAGAGAAGGGCAUAAUGCUGAUAAUAUUAACGAAAAGAUUCAGGAAUUAAGUACUCUUAUACCAGAUAAUUUUCUUUACCGUAGUCCUACUGACAGACAAGGUAAAGGUUUUAUCCUCCGUAGAGUAGUAGAAUAUAUCAAACAUCUUCAACAACUGGUAGGCGAACAAACACACAAUAUAGUCUUAGAAAAUACAGUAAGGGAUAUGAGGCCUGAGAUGUCCAUCGAAAACAAUUCAGAUUUGAAUAAAUUAUCACAAUGUAACUGUCUUGAUGAUUCUGUAACCAAUGGACUCAACAUCCAAAAUAAUAAUACAACACAAAAUAAGGCUAGCCAGAACAACAAUAUUAUUACUAGUA